AUUACAUUUGCGUUACACAAUCGACCUCCUUAUAUCGACACCGUCUCGAAUAGUUCUCUUUCAAAAUCGAUAUCUCGAUUUGUCAUACAUGGCUUCCGCUGAUGGUAGACCAUUCUCUUCCGGUCGUAUUAUAUACACCAAACAAGAUGGGUAAACCCCGUGGUCUUCGAACUGCUCGCAAACACGUUAACCACAGACGUGAUCAAAGGUGGAACGAUAAAGACUAUAAGAAAGCUCAUCUUGGAACUCGUUGGAAGGCUAACCCGUUUGGAGGUGCAUCACAUGCAAAAGGAAUUGUACUCGAGAAAGUUGGUGUUGAAGCCAAACAACCUAACUCUGCUAUUCGUAAGUGUGUAAGGGUACAAUUAAUCAAGAAUGGCAAGAAGAUUACGGCAUUUGUACCUCGUGAUGGUUGUCUAAACAAUAUUGAAGAAAACGAUGAAGUUCUCGUUGCGGGUUUCGGUCGUAAAGGUCAUGCUGUUGGUGACAUUCCUGGCGUUCGUUUCAAAGUUGUCAAGGUAGCGAAUGUUUCCUUGCUUGCUUUAUACAAGGAAAAAAAAGAGCGUCCCCGAUCGUAAAUAUCAACCAACUUAUGUAAAAACAUGUAUUUUUACUUAUACACAUAAUAAACAGUAAAAAUACAA